CGGGUGUGUUGGAUUGCAUUCUUGUGUCAGAUACUUUUGUAUCUUUUUUGUUGUUGUUGAUUUUUUGUUCCGUGUAUAUUUCGACAACUUCAACGGGGCAACGACGUGUAUUUUUGUUGUGUAUCUUUUAUAUUGUUGUCACGGAUUCUUUCGGUGUUAUAGGUAAUAUUAGAUAAUUGCAUUUGAUGAUCAUUAGGUGAUUUGCAUUUAAUAUUGUGUGAAACCCCAUAACGGAUAAUAAAUUUAAUUUUGUGAUAUUGAUAUUGAUACAGUAUAGUGGCGCGUGGGUUAUAGAUACAUCUGUGAAUAAAUAUAGAUACAAAUUAAGUAAUAUACACAGAAUUUGGUGUGUGAUGAGGUUAACGCUUGUUUCCGCCAGGUGUGAGAAGUCCGACGACACGACAACGACGACGACGCGGUGUAUACAUGCAUUGUGAUUAAUGUGGACGUGAGUGAAAGUGAAGAGUGUUUUAAAAUUACGGCGAGUACCUUUUACACCAACCUUCAAGUAUUAAUUUGUAUUAAAUUUUCGUUCAUUCCACAAAAAUCAUUUGCGGCAAUAAAAAAAUAUUCAAAAUUUAAAUCAAAUCGAUUUGAUAUGAAUGUGAGAGAUUGAUUUAAGUAUAGUGAGACACAUAUACGCAUAGAUACCAAUAUUGAUAUUUCUAUAAAUAAUAAAUAAACAAAUAAGAAAGAAAGAAAAAAAACAAUAUAAAAAGGAUUAUUUUUUUAUUAUGGAAAGUAACACAUUUGGCGGAAAUCAUUUGCCAUCGCAAGCUUUGGUUGUUCUAUCAGAAGCAGCAUCAGGAUUGCAUGAAGCUUUAAGAAAUCAACGGCCAUUCCCUAGCAGACUUCCUGACGCCAAAGACCUUCACAAUAUGUCCUUAGUGGGCAGCUAUGGUACCCACCUCCUGCACAGUUUUCACCCACAUCUCCUGCAAUCUUUGAACCACGGAAUGUUAGCAAACGGUGGACCAGCCAGUUAUUUUGCCAGCGAUCGAGGACUCUCGAAGCCUGUAUUAACGAAUUUUCAACUGCCUUCAGCAUUCUCACCUCCAAAAUAUAUUGGCAUAUCCUUGGAUCAGAAUCUAUUCAACAGUAGCAGCGAAUCCUUUCGAACGGAUUCAGCCAGCCCGACAUGCACAUCACAUGAAUCCUUGGAGGGAUCAAACGAUUAUGACGGUGAAAAGGGUGAAAGUCCACGAAGUAAUAAUUCUGAUCCAAGGGAUUUGAGACAUGUCCAUAGUAACAGUGGUGGCCAACAAAAAAACGGCAGCGCCCGUGGUCAUGUUCCUGACGUGUGUCCGGUGUGUGGAAUGAAACUCACUCCCGAAGAAUGGAACUCACACUUCCUAACCGAACUAGAUAGGCUUUAUAAAUUGAGUGCAGGCAUGGAGCGGGCGAAUUUACAAUCCAAUUAUAUGUUUGCCCCACCAUGUCCUGCCCAGGAGAAUGCCAUCCGGACUAGUCACAAUAGAUGGGAGACAUUCCAGAGAAUACGAAACAAUCGACAAAAUCGUCUAAGGAUAAAAGUACGGAAACGAAAGUACGGUAACGAUAUGUACUUUUUGGAUAAUUUAUUUUGCAGUUCGUGUCCGAUUUGCAAGCGAAAAUAUUCAAUGGAAGCUACAAAGAGUGAGGAAGAGCAACAACCUAAAGAAGAAAUCGAAACGGUCGAUGUGGAAAGUUGUAAUGACGAUGUUCCAGAUUCUGGUUCCGAAAUGAAUAGUUCGAGUAGUGUUGGUAAAUUGGACGGAGUUCUGUACAGGACUGCAUGUGUGAUAAAUAAGGAAAGUGCAGAGGAUGAUGUGACGAAUUCGAACAACAAUUGGGAAUCAAAUUCCAGUCCACAUAUCAGUGUGAAAAAUGUAAACGAGCUUUCAUCAACAACGCAUCAUUUCUACAAUGCAGACUCGUGUGGCGGCGGUGGCGGCGGCGAAGAACGCAGUUGCAAUAGCAAAGAAAUCGAUACAAAUAUGUGCAAUAAUGACAGCGACGAAGAUGUGAUCGUUGACGAUGAUGAUUCGAUGAAAACCUUAAACGCAAAGAAGCGAAAAUUCGAAGAAACCAUCAUGAACAAUAGAAAUGAAAACCACUCCCCCGAUGAUGAACGACCUCGUUCUGAGCCGCAAGUUACCAGUACAGAGCCUAAUAUUGAGAUGCCCAUCAUUAAUAAUAAUAACAAUAAUAAUAUUAACAACAACAAUAAUAAUAAUAACAACAAAUACAAUUUCGAAGAAUUACGUACGAAAAUUCCUGAUUUGGAUAAUGGUGGACAUCAGGGAACUGCAGGAGGAGCUCCAGGGCCAGCACAAACUGGAGGCGUUCCAGGCUCCGGUGGCGGAGGAAACUUAAUGCAGGACUCAAAGGUGGGGAUAAGUUCGGAUAAACCGGACGAAGAAUACAAAUGUUUCAUUUGUAAGACAGGUAUAAAGGAAUUUUCAUCUGAUUUUUUCCGAGGGCGGAAUUUGUAUUUUCACCAGAGCUGUGCGAAUGUUAUGUCGACUUAUCGAUUGAGCAAGGAUAUUCAACAGCAACAACAACACCACCAGCAGCUGUUGCAGCAGCAGCAACAACAACAACAACAGCAGCAGCAACAACAACAACAGCAACAGCAGCAGCAAUUAUUAGAAAUUAUAAUGUAG